GGCAACUGCCGCGAGCCCGCCGCUGGUUUCCGCGCCUUCGACGCCGAGUCUGAAAACUCACAUCUGAAGGGGUGGAAUCGCCAGCGCUGCGGCCAGUUGGAGCUGGGCGCGCUGGAGAUGGGCGAGUACACGUUCUACGUGAAUGUGGGCGGCGAGGUCGAGAGCAUGUUCAAGGGCCUGGCUUAUGCCAGCGGCGGGCCGUGG